CACUGCCGCUCAGGCUUGGUUCCUACUUCCGCCACGUCCCUCCUUUUCCUGUGAGGCGCGAGACGAGCGAGACAGGAACGUGGACGUCGGGUCUCUCGUUUGCACCGCGAAGACACUUCUGCUGCAAAGAUGGUCAAUGUACCUAAAACCCGAAGGACUUUCUGUAAGAAGUGUGGAAAGCAUCAGCCUCACAAAGUGACCCAGUAUAAGAAGGGCAAAGAUUCCCUGUAUGCCCAGGGAAAGAGGCGCUAUGAUCGGAAGCAGAGUGGCUACGGUGGGCAAACCAAGCCAAUUUUCCGGAAGAAGGCUAAAACCACAAAGAAGAUCGUGCUGAGACUUGAAUGCGUUGAGCCCAACUGCAGAUCCAAGAGGAUGCUGGCCAUUAAGAGGUGCAAGCAUUUUGAACUCGGAGGAGAUAAGAAGAGAAAGGGCCAAGUGAUCCAGUUCUAAGCUUUGGGAUUCUUUUGUUCUUAUGUUUUGAGAGGAAAAUGUUGAAGUUACAGAAAAAUUGCCUGAAUGAGAAUAAAUAGUGAUACUUCUACUAAAAUCUUUUGUAUGUUUUACAUUAGUUGCAUGCCUAAUAUGGUUCUAAAUUAAAAUAAUGGUAAAUUA